AUGGCCGAGCCGAUCCCAAACAAGAAAGCUGACCUCGUGGGGGCUCCCACUCCACAGAAUACGCCUGCCACCGUUGCUCCUAUCUCUUCGCGUGCUCAGCAGCCAAACAUUGCAAGCAUUAAAGAAGAGGAGCUCGAUCGCGCCGCCGCCGCAUCCCUUUUUGCCCAGAACCCCAAGCUUGUCUCUAUGAUUCAGGGCAAACUCGGCUCCCUUAUUGGCCGCUCUUCUGGAUACAUCGAGUCCCUCCCCGCUCCUGUUCGCCGCCGAGUUGCUGGCCUAAAAGGGAUUCAGAAAGAUCAUGCUAAACUUGAGGCCGAAUUCCAGGAAGAGGUGCUGCAGCUAGAAAAGAAAUAUUUCGCCAAGUUUACGCCACUCUACCAGAAGCGAGCAACCAUUGUUAAUGGCCAGGCAGAGCCAACAGAGAAAGAAGUCGAAGCAGGCAAGGCUGACGAGGAAGAGGGCGAUGAUGAGAAUAAGAAGACCGAGGAGGCUAAGGAUGACUCCGAAGAUGCCAAUGCUGCCGGUAUCCCAGAGUUCUGGCUUUCAGCGAUGAAAAAUCAAAUCUCACUUGCCGAAAUGAUCACCGAUAGAGACGAAGAGGCCCUCAAGCACCUCACAGACAUUCGCAUGGAGUAUCUCGACCGCCCUGGGUUCCGCCUCAUUUUCGAAUUUGCCGACAAUGAUUUUUUCACAAACAAGAGUAUCUCCAAGACUUAUUACUACCAAGAAGAGAGCGGCUAUGGUGGCGACUUUAUCUAUGACCAUGCUGACGGCGAUAAGAUCAACUGGAAAGAUGGCAAGGAUCUCACUGUUCGAACAGAAAGCAAGAAGCAGCGUAAUAAGAACACUAAGCAAACACGCGUUGUCAAAGUCACGCUCCCGACUGAGUCAUUCUUCAACUUCUUUUCGCCGCCGAAGCCCCCACACGACUCGGAGGAAGAGAUCGCUGAGGACAUCGAGGAACGCCUUGAGCUUGACUAUCAACUCGGUGAAGAUAUUAAAGAAAAACUCAUCCCUCGUGCUAUUGACUGGUUCACUGGAGAGGCAAUUCAAUUUGAAGAAUAUGACGCUCAACUUGAUGAUGAUGAUUUUGAUGACGACGACGAUGAGGAUGAAGAUGACGAUGACGAUGAGCGAAGGUCUGGCGAGUUUGAAGAGGAAUCAGAUGAAGAGGAGGACGGAUCUAAGCCCAAGAAGGAGGCAGCGGAGUGCAAGCAAAGUUAA